UAAUUCUUACUAUUAUUAAUUUUAAUCAAUUAUCUAUUCAAAUAAAUUAAAAUUUCGUUUUUAUUUUUUAAUUUAGUUAUACAUUUUAUUCAUUAAAGAUAUAAACGAUAUUAACUACUCUAAUUUUUAACGUGAGAGUUCGAUUUCAAAAAUUUACUUUGCAAAUAAUAUAAUAGAUAGAUAGAUAUACAUUUGGUAAAUAUAUUUGCUGCUGAAUGGUGAUCGCGCGUGGAGAUUAAGUUGACACGUAAUCUGGAAAGUUGUUAAGAUGUUUAAUUUUUUAAUUUUUAAAAAUUGAUUAGUAAGUAUAUAAAGGAUUCUUGGAUUCUCCCAGGGCCAGGUAAACCUAAACCCAAAAUAUUUUGUUCAUAUACGUCUUCCUAUAGCGUUGUUUUGUAGAAAAAAUGGAGGAUCGAAAGCAGACAAGCUUCACGUUUGAGAUAGAUAACUUCUGGGACAAGGAAGCUUUGAUACGUUCACCAAAUUUCUUUAGUGGAGGCUGCGAAUGGUUUGUUGAUGUUUAUCCCAGAGGAUGCGGUAUUGAAGAUCACUUGUCUACGUUCCUCUGUGUUGCAAAUCCUGAAUCAUUGCUACUUGGAUGGAAAAGAAGAGCUAUUCUUUCAUUAGUUCUAUUAAACGUAUCCGGCAAAAGACUCUACAGAUUAUAUAGAGAUGGACCACCGUGCAAAACUUUCUGCGCUCAGAUUCCAGCAUGGGGUUGGGCAGAUGCCAUGCCUCUUGAAAUGCUUCAGGAAAAUGGUUUUACGGAGAAGAACAAACUGAUAGUCCAAGUCAACGUACAAGUAGUUGAAGUUGUUGAUGAAGCAGAAGUUACUGGGAAGGAGACAAUAGAUGUGAAUGGUUUCCAAGUUCUUUAUAGUGAGGUUGGUCAAGUGACUACUAUUUUCGAGAAGCACCCGGACGUUGCCUUAAAUUUCAUACCAAAGAGCCAAUUGGUGAAGACAGUAUACAUGAAACUCCUCAUGUUUCUCAUUGAGAAACUGAACAAGCCUCCACGUAGCUUCAGCAAUAAUGCAUUAAGCAACGCUCGCAUGGAGUUGAUAGAUCUAACAAAAGCAGGGUUCAAGCUAGACUGGUUGAAGGAAAAGCUUGAUGAGAUUUCCUUGGAGCGGAAGAAAGAAAAUGGUGAUGGUUCCUUGAGUUCUUAUGGUUUUCGAGUCCAAGAACUCGAGGAACAAGUCCAAGAACUCGAGGAACAAGUUAAGAAUCUCAACCUUGAACUGGACACAGAAAAGGUCAAGUCUGCUCAUGUUUUGUCGCUGGAACAGACGGUGUCGGAUCUCAGAGAUGAGCUGAGCAAGGAAAAAACCAGAUCUACUACUAAAGACGUGCUUGAGGGAGUUAUUCGCUCUUGGGAAGUAUUGGAUUACCCGGAUCUCAGUAAUGAAGAGAUAGAAUAAGGAAUGACAUUUUAACUGUUUUUCUGUUUUCUUUUAUAAAUUCAAAAGUUCUGAGUUUAUGGUCUUCUCUAUUUAAACUUGACAGUGUUGGAACUCCAUACAUAAGAUGAUAACUAGAGAUUGAUAUGCGCACCCACACAUGUAUUGAUUUUUACAUUUUUAUACAUUGAUAUUUAUUCGUUAUAAUUAGUGUUAUAUAUUUUAAAUGGUCGUAAUAUAACUAAUUGUAUUCAAAAGCUCUGGACCAAAUUGGGUAAAAUGAUUAUUUUUGGUAUAAAUAUCUGAAUCUGUUUCAGAUAUAUUUGUUAUUUAGAUAUUUUUAGAUUCCUAUACAUCAAAACCGAACUCAUCCAGACCCAGAAGAACCUAACUCAAAACUCACACAUAAAUUUAUAAUAUUCAAGUGAAGCCUAAUUUAAAAAAAAGAAUGAUACCCGAAAAGUACAACUUGUACCUAAAUGGAGUUAAUGUUCAUGUCUAACUGAUUUUAUAAACUAAUAAAAAAGAUGCUUUCUAUGUGUUUAGCUAAAUUAAAUGAAAUAGAAAGAGAUUUUAUUUAGUAAAAUAAUUAUAUAGAGUGAAAAAUUAAGUGACAAUAAAUAUAACAUUUUUAUUAUUUGUAUUUAAGUUAUUAUUUAUUCACAAAAACAUGUCUUUGAAUUAUGUUUUUGGCUACGUAAUUUUCCACCGAUUGAAACUAAAAUUAAAAAAAAAAUUUAGUAAAAAAAAACUAAACCGAAAGUGUAACAUUAUGUAAAACCCAGUUAUUUUACAUUUUUGAUUUUAUUGUUGACACAAAGUUAAUGUUGAUUAACAAAUAAAUAAAAAUCUGCACUAUUAUUAUUAAGGUAAUAUAAUUAAUGAUAUGGUGUAUUAUUAAGGUAAUACUAGAUGAUAAUCCGUGCGCAUGCGCGGAUUGAAUUCUUAUAAUAAUGUUUGUUUAUAAAAUGAUUUUAACAUUUUGCAACACUACAAUCUUUAUCGAUUAUAAAAUGAUGAAUACAAAUGUUGGUCUCUUAAAUAUAUCAUCCUUGUUGAAGAAUUAACAUAUUACGUCUCAUUUUAAUUAUUUUUAAGACUUCGUAUGCACAAAAAGAAAUUAACUUUUGCGGCUGACACAAAUCACCAAAACCAAAUAGGCAACAUCGAUUGUAUAAUGACGAAAGGGGAUUAGGUUUUCUGCUCUCGAUUUGUUUAUUGUUCACUCUCCAUAAGUGAUUUCAUUUUCUACCUCUAUAGAAUUGUGCUUUUGUUCUCGUCUCUGUUUCAUUGAUAUGAGUUAAGUUUUUUUUUAAACUUAUUUUAUGAAUUCAGUGAAUUACAUAAGUGUCAAUUAAAAAAAAUGGACAUCUGUAAAAAUUAGUUUCACUCCAUAUACAUAUUUAAGAAUCAAAAUUUUGAAAAUCACUGGCAAACUAACAUGUUAGUGUUUAGAUCUAAUAUAUCAAGCUGUUAUAGAAUAUAAGUACGGACUUGAAAUAUAAAUGUGUGUCUAGUAUAUAUUCACCAACUCAGUCUAAAAAUCAUCUAAUUGGAAUAACAAAACAAAUUACUUAUUUCACCAGUUCCGGUAAUAUCUGAAUCCGAACGGAUAAUAUCCGAACCGGAAUGGAUAUCCGAACCCAAAUGGAUAUCCAAAGAUAACCAAACAUAAGUAUACUUAACUCUAUAUUUCUAGUUUAUUUCUCUCAUUUUAUUCAAAAUAUUUAUAUUAAUGAUUUUUAUUGCUCAAAAUUAGAUAAUAUACAUAUAAUUAUGGACAAAAUUAUUUGCUACUCACUUAAAAUACAUAUCAAGUUUUUGUUCCUUGCAUUAACAAAGGUAGCAUCUAAAAUUUCAAAACAACAACUAAACUAGUGUCUUUCUAUUUUCAAAGUUUUAUCUCCAAACUUAUUAAUAGUUUAAUCCUUUAAAAAUUGAAAAAACAGUUAAGUUAAAAUAUAUUUUAAAUACAAAAAACUUAAACAAUGAAUUAUUUUUCUUUUCAAAUUUUAAAUAUCCAAACCCGACUCCAAACAUCCGAACCCGACCCAAGAUAUCUGAACUCGAACAUAAAAUACUUGAACCAGACUCGAAGUGAAGAAAUACCGAACGGGUUCUAUACCUUUAUACUAAAAUAUCCGAUACAAAUCCGAACGUGUAUCCGAACGCCCACCCCUAUUAUAUAUGAUCAUUUGUAUCUUGCUUGAACAACAAAAGUUAAACCGUUGAUCACAAAUUUUUUAAUGUGGGACUUUUACCUUUUUUAGUAAUAUAUAGUCGUUUUUCAAAAUUCAAAAUAUAACAUAUAAGAAAAAAUCUAAUUGUUUUUAUGAUAUGCUUAAUGUGAUUGUUUAAUUUCUUUUAAUAGUAUAAAAUUA